UUGUAACUUUCCAUUGUCAAGUCAUUUAAAAAUGUUCUCUUAAAUGUUCUGUUUCAAUACUAAAACGGACUCGUGAAUUAUGAAAUUUAUUUUAUCAAAGAAACAUAAACUUCUUGUUAUAUAUUUGCAUCAGUUAAAUUAAAGGAAGAACUAUAAUUAUAUUUAGGAACUGGAUAGGUAUUUGUAAAAUAAUUGAAACUGAAGAAGAUAGAGUAAAAUGGCAGAAGCUAGUAACGGGUUGCCAGUAAAUGAGCAAGAAUCAUCGCCUAACGGAGCGGCCGGUCCGCCGUCGUCGGACAUUAGUUUAGCGCCGACGGAGGAGAUGAGUAUCCAUUUGUCACCGAGGGAAUCCAAAAAGGGUAGCUUCUUGUCACCAAGGGCAACCAAACCAGUGGGGAAGAUUACAUCGGCUAGACAACAACCUGCGAAAACAGUAAAAAUGGUGAGUGGUGCGAAAACAGCGCCAACUAAAGAAAAGGAGCCUUCGAAGUUAAAGCAUGCUGAAGAACCUAAGGAGAAAUGUGACAUGUGUGAUGAAUAUAAGGUAAUGAAAGCGCGAUGUUUAAACUGCCAAGCCAGUAUGUGUGGUUCGUGCAUUGAUCAUCAUAGAAAAAUGAAGAUUUCGAGUGAUCAUGAACUCCAAAGUUGGGACAAAUUUGUACUUCAAAUUGAGCCUACGCCGCCACCCCAAAUCCCGUCGACGAAAACGAACUGUAAAAUACAUAAACACGAGAAACUUCAGUUUUAUUGCAAAGUAUGUCUUCUACCAUUAUGCACCGCAUGCAAACUUACCAAACAUGAAGGUCAUAAAACUCGAGAUUUAAACGACGAAAUAAACGAGCAAAGAGACCACUUGCCAUACAAGUUGAGUCAGAUAAGAGCGAGUUUUCUACCACUUCUUAAACAACAAAUAAAAGAACUAGAUGAUCAAAAUAAGCAAGUUGCUUAUAAUGUUAAAGGAACUGUCGAGAAUGUGGAGAAAAGAUCGCGAAUAAUGAAAGAUGAAAUAGACAAAACAAGUACCAGACUUGUUGACAAACUAAAGCAGAAAGAACAACGUGAAACCAGCAAACUAGAGCAGAGAAAGCAAACAUUAACCGGAUAUGUGCGAACUGCUACAACAGCUUUGACUUCCGGUGAACGGAUUGUUCAGUACGGAAAUGAUUUUGAGGUAAUGGAACUGUAUCAAAAUCUCAUCCAUUUGUCCAAACAAAUACAGGAAUUGGCGAAACGUAGGCCACCGAAGACACGUUUUACCUUUCUCGAUGGAUCAGUUUCAUCAACUCAGCUUCAAAGUAUGUUUGGGAGCUUUAUGGAGAAAGGUCCCAAGGUGGAAUCGGCGCCAUCCGCGAAAACACAGUCUAGUAAAUCAAGAUCGACCAGAGCGAUUCCAGCAUUGCAGCUGGUUCCAGAGGUUCACGCUAGGCUAUUGAAGACGUUUAUCUGCAAGAUGGUGCCCGGCCAUAAAGUGAGCGCUAUUGCUCCGAUCAACGAUAUGGAAGCUUGGGUGUGCUUCGGAUGGACCACAAAUGAUAUAUAUCUUUAUAAUAAAGACGGCUUCCGACGGAAUCGACUAGUCUUUAAACAGCCUGUAGACGAUAUUGCAGUUGAUAGAGACGGAAACUUGCUUGUUUCGACCUUUACUGGCAGUGUUGUGCGCCUAGUAGAUAGGAAACUUAAGGUUCGGGACUUUUUUCAAUGUCCUUUACGAUGUCGCGGCCUUGACGUUUCCGCCGCCGGCGAAAUAAUUGUCUGCGGUGUCGACCGGUGUACAACCAUUCCAUCACCAUCUAAAUGUACAAUCUUCAAAUUCACUGCCCGUGGAAACAAAACCGGUCAUCUUGAUGGCGAUAAAAGUAAGCGAAUUCCCGUGCAUCCAUACCGGGUUGCGGAGAACAUCGACGGAUCUAUCGCCGUCUCUGAUUGGAUAAGCGAUAAAGAAGGGCGUGUCGUUGUCUUCUCACAUGACGGGAAGGUCCGCAUGGUCUAUUACGGGUUAAACAACGAAGUAAGAAGGUUCCUUCCCUAUGGGAUCUGCACCGAUAAGUUUGGCCACAUUAUUGUCGGCGACAUUGUAAGUCAGGAGGUUCAUCUACUCGACAUUAAAGGUCAUUUCCUGAAGAUACUCAUCUCCCGGGAUGAGCUGGAGAACGAACGCCCGUACUCAGUAGCGGUGGACCACAUGGGCACCCUGUGGGUCGGGAACGAGAGAGCCCAGAUCAAGAUUUUCAGAUAUUUACUACACCAGUCUCAUAUUGUGGGUCCAUACAUACCGAACGUCGCGACCAAGUGGGACAUGGGUCCGGAUAAAUCACCCAGGGACUAUGGCACACCGCGGUAUAUGCAGUAUCAAGACUAUCCGGUACGUACCGUGAACCACUGGAGGAGAGACGAGCCAAGAAAACCAAAAGUUCAAAUAUACAAAGACGUUCCAGACUACUGGAAAUGGAAACAGGCUAAUAUUUCGUGAAAAGAACAAUGAGUGUAAUAAACAAAUAUUCUACAAAGGUGUCUAACAACUGCUUACUAAAGUUGCAAAUGUUGAUUUACCCUCCCGUAUCUUGGUUUAAAGAUUAAUACAUUAUACAUUUUUACUUAAAACUGCAAUAAAGUCUUGAAGAAUGGACGUCGUUCCGAAUUUUAUGAUAAAAAAUUGUGAAAUUUACGGAAAUGUAUCAUCAAAACAGUUUUUGAGUACAAUAAAUUCAAAACUUCUCGCGAUAUUAAUCGAUUCCUUGGAGUUCUUACGAAUGACAAUGGCUUUGUCUCAUAUUUUAAAAGAAAUUGAAUAAAACUAAAAGUGAAACCAACGAUACGGAAUAUUAGGAUCAAACAGUAGUCCUUACAUUCAUUUAUCAUACAUUGAUAGUAUAAUAGAUCUAAUUUACAAACUACUACA